AUGCGAAUAACUUCACGUGUUCUGUCGUCGGCCGCCGCGAUAGCAAUAACAUGUGUUGUAUCAGCUGCUGCAUAUUUUUACAAAAGCCGUAAAGCAGAGGUUAAUGAAGUUAUGGUAUUUUGUAAACUACAGUUUAAUGCAUACAAUUACUUUGAUAAACUGAUAAGCUUCAUUGAAUCUGCAAAGAAAAGUGUUAACGUCUGCAUGCCCGGUAUCCACAACCCAGUCAUUCAGGGGCGCCUGGUUACACUGCUAAAGGAGAAAAACAUCAAAGUUCGAAUGAUUAUAGACCGCACAGGAUAUAACGAAUCGACAGAUUUUUUUAUCCGAGAGCUUAUCGAAUGUGGUGCUGAAGUAAGAUGUAAUGCUACUGACCCAGCAUAUACAAUGCAACACAAAUUUUGCUUAGUUGAUGAUAGAAUUCUUAUGACAGGAACUCUGAAUUGGGGUAACGACCGUUCCUUUGACAAUUGGAACUAUGUGUACAUAACAACUAAAUCACAACUUGUAGUACCUGUCAAAAAAGAAUUUUAUCAAAUGUGGGAAAGAACUAGUGAUAUUGAAAAUCUUUACGAAACAGAAACAGGCGAUAAUGAAAUUGAAAUGCCAGAAUCUGGUGAUUCUGAAAUUGGACUGCCAGGAUCCGGCAAUCAUGAUAUUAAAAUGCCAGUAUACGAUGAUAGUGUUAUUGAAAUACCAGCUUAUACCCAAGCUGAUAGUAACAUAGAUAGCCAAAGUAUACCCCAGAUUGUUCUGGAUACAAAGGCAUUAGAACAGCCAUCACCACAAGAAUUAGUAGCAUUUGAGAAUAUGGUACAUUAA